UAUUUAUUCUGUUUAACUUGUUCUUCUUUCACUCAGCUAGUACUUUUCCAAGUAAUCUUCAUUUUUGCCGGUUGCUGCUUCUCCGUCUCGAUGGAAACCUUUUUGCUACAAGAAAAAUACCGCUGUGACCGGAGAAAACUCCUCGAUUUCAUUUUGUCUGCAGGAUUAAUCAAAGAAUUUCGAACUCCUAGCGGUCCUGUCGGGUUGUCGGCCGUUGAUUUGGAUAAAAUUAGCGUUGAUUACGUGCUCGAGUGCAUCGGAUCAGGCGGGGUACUGGAUCUUUCUGAAGCGACUAAGAAGUACAACGAUGAAUUUCGUUAUCCAGCUAUGGUAGUUAUUCAUUUUUGUUGGUCCAAUUGCCAUUUACUCAAGCUCAAAAAUGUCAUCAAAUCUCCAUCAAAAAGCUACUACUUUCUUAUUUCAGAUCCAGAGAUGUCUGGAUCUCCUCCUCAGAAUGCACCUCCUCAAGUUGAGCUUAAAAUGAACCUUAAUUAUUCCUCAUGCUCAUUGAAUCAACUGGAUCCUUUAGUUGUUGAGGAAACUCAAAUUUCUGGAGAUGAAGAUGGUGCCAAAUACAAAGUUGCAACUUUUACACCUUGUGAACAUAUUAAUGAUGCAAAUGUACUCUCAUUAGGAUUGCCAAUGUUGAGUACAGGAUUAUCUGAUGAUGAUUUGCGGGAAACAGCCUAUGAAAUAUUGGUUGCUUCAGUGAUCUUUUCUGGGGGUCAAGUAUGUUCUUUUGAAGAAAAAAAGAAGGAAAAGAAGUCUCACAUGUUGUCAAGGCUGAGGAGCAAAAGAGAUAAAUUAAAUUCACAAUCUCAGACAGCAAAAUUCCAUUUUGAACUGCCUGACAUCAUUCGUGUUCAAAUGCAGGUUUCUGAAGCUAUGGACACUUGCAUUAAGCAAAGGUUGUUGGUCUUCACUUCAAGAACAAGACCAAUUGAUGUCCCUCAAAUAUCAUUGGAGCUUUUAAAUGGAAUUUUUAAGAGUGACUUUCUUAUUGAAAAGUCAUACAAGCAGUGGAGGAAGAGACAGGCAAAUAUUCUUGAAGAAAUUCUAUAUUAUUCUGCUACCCAUACAGCAGCUGAACAUAUGACCAUUAGAAGUUUUCUUGCAAAAGUCAGAAAUACUGAGGAGUGGAAUGUAAAAAUGCCCUCUGAAUUUUCUGAAGCACUACUAGCUAUUCAGAAGUUCACAUCAAAGUUGUCAUUAGUCCCUGGGAAGUUUGGUAUUACGGGUGAAACCUAUUAUUGGACAGCUGACUAUCAUUUGAACCUUAAGCUAUAUGAAAAAUUACUCUGUAGUGUUUUUGAUAUUCUUGAGGAUGGUCAACUUGUAGAGGAGGUGGAUGAAAUCCUUAGGUUUAUCAGAUUGACCUGGUCUACUUUAGGCAUCACUGAGAGGAUUCAUGAUGCACUAUACGCGUGGGUGCUUUUUCAAAAGUUUGUUGAGACAGGUGAGCCCAUUCUGUUGGAAUAUGCAAUUCUAGAGAUGCAGAAAGUUUUAUCAAUUCAGGAUGAUAAUGCAAUGGAAGGGGCAUAUAUGAAUAGCCUGAUCUGCUCAAUUGGAAUCAAUGGCUGUAAAAUGAAUAUAAGUUUGGUCGAUGCUAUUUUUAUGUCAACGAGCAUUUGGUGUGACAGUAAACUGCAAGAUUAUCAUUUGCAUUUUGCUCAGAAUCCCACUCUCUUUGGAAGUGUUGUGACCUUAGUAACAGUAGUUGGGAUCCUCAGUGCUGAUGAAUAUGGUGAAUUCAAGUUAAUUAAACCUAGUCGCAGGAGUGAGAUGGCUUCUAGGUACUUCAAAGAGUAUGUUGAAAAGUCAAUUCAAGCUGCAUAUAAGCGGGUUGUUGAUACCUUGGAUGCCAAAUCUAAGGUACAGAGGCAGCAUCCUCUUGCUGUGCUUGCUGAUGAAGUAAAGAUUAUUGUUGAGAGAGAAUCUUCUGUGUUUAGCCCUGUCUUGUGUCAGUGGUUUCCUGAAGCUGGGAUCAUCUCCUCUAUGAUGCUGCAUGAACUUUAUGGUGCAAGAGUGAAGCCAUUCCUUGACGGAGUAUCACUUCUUACAGAAGAUGUUAGAUCGGUGCUCCCUGCAGCUAAUAUGUUAGAUAACCUCCUAACUCAGCUGUGUUAUGUGGCAUCUGGAGAAGAUAAAUUUAAUUCCCCUUUCACCAAGGACAUGAAGCAUUAUCAGAUUGAUGAAAUUUCUGGUCCAAUUAUUCUUGAUUGGCUGAGUGCUCAAUAUGGGCAUAUCUUGGAAUGGACAGAACGCGCUUUCUCUCUUGAGGAUUGGCAACCUUUGUCUUUCCAACAAAGGCAAGCUGCAUCAAUAAUUGAAAUCUUUCGAAUCAUAGAGGAGACUGUGCAUCAAUUCUUCAGCUUGAACAUCCCGAUGGACAUCAUACAUUUGCAGUCUCUAGUUUAUGUAAUUUUUAAAAGUUUGGAACUCUAUUUGCUGAACAUGAUCAAUCAGUUAGUUGACAAGAACCACUUGUUUCCUGCUGUUCCUGCUUUGACACGUUAUAAGGAGACUAUGGUACCCAUAAUCAAGAAAAAGUUGAUCCAGAGUAAAUUUGUGGAAGAGGAAGUACUGGAAAAGUUGAAUGAGUUGACAAUACCUAAACUAUGUGUUAGAUUAAACACUCUUCAAUACACUCAACACCAAGUUGGCAUGUUAGAAGAUGGUAUCAGAAAAUCCUGGAUGCUUGUUAAACCUUGUCUCUACCAAAGAUGGAAGAAAGAACAGCUUCCCGGGCCCCUGAAGGAAGGCAUAACAAGAUGCUUCAAGUCAGUUGAUGAGAUCUUUACUGCCUUUAAUAGCAUCAAGAAAACUACAGUUGGUGCAAUUGACAAGAUCUGUGACUUCAUUGGGGCAAGGGUUGUCUUUUGGGACCUGAGAGAUUCAUUCCUGCUUCUUUUGUAUCGAGGUGAUAUUGAAAGUGCUUGCUUAGAUGGCAUUCUCCCACAACUUAAUUCUAUCCUUGACUACAUAUGUGAUUUGAUCAUUGAUAUUCUCAGAGAUAUGGUUAUUUUAAGUGUUUGUCGAGCAUCACUGGAAGGCUUUGUUUGGGUGUUGUUGGAUGGAGGACCUUCCCGUGCCUUUUCUGAGACAGAUUUCCAAUUUAUGCAGGAAGACCUUGAUAUAUUGAAGGAUUUUUUUGUAGCAAAUGGGGAAGGUCUUCCUCGUGCUGUUGUUGAGCAAGAAGCAAGAUUGGCAUCACAGAUCAUAAAUUUGUUUUCCCUUCAGGUUUGGCAAACAGAAACUGUAAUAGGAAUGCUAAUGACUGCAAGUGAACAAAUUUCCACUAGAAUGGAUCAGUGGAGUCCUGGCAGCAGGUCUAUUGAAGAUGCUCACACUUUAAUUCGAGUGUUAUGCCAUAAGAAGGACAGAGAAGCAUCUAAGUUUCUCAAAAAACAAUAUCAGCUUCCUAAGUCUUCAGAAUACGAUGGUGCAUCAAAGGAUUCAAUUUCAGUAUCACCUCUUGUAUCUGAUUUACUUAAAAGAAGUGGGUCAUUCCGCUGGACUGGAAAGGGCAAGAGAAGUUUCAAGUUUAUUAAGAAGAAAAUUCAAGCGUCCACCUCCGAAAUUAGGCAAGUAACUUGGUAGCGUAGAUAAUGGCCAUUGGGAACUGUCGUCCUGUCGUCCUGUAUUAUAUUGUAAAUCCAAAAGAGGUAUUUUUAUAUCUAUCAGAAAUUUUUUAAUGCUCUAAAUCAUUAUUUUAGAGUGGAAAUCCGUGUUGUGUCUAAUAAUCCCGUUAUUUCCUUUUAAGUUUCUUAAUUAUGUCAAGUCUUAGCCACCAAACAAAAAGUACAGAAUAUCCUUGAGAUCAGCCUUCCACUUAAAAUACUUGUUCAUGUAAGAAUCGAGAGAGAGAGAGAGAUACGAAGAGUCUAUUAUUUUUGUUUGGUUGUCUUUGACUUUUAUUAAUUAAUUUGGUAUAAUCAGCAUCAGUAAAGGUUUUUAUGUGGAAUA